GAAAAGUAACAAAAGCAAGAGUGAACCAUGGAAAAUAUGGCUGUGAGGAUACCUGUCAGCACCCUAGCUUCUUCCAUGGAGUCUGUUUCCUUGAACCAGAAUUACCGAGCUAUCUUCUGCUUGCAGACACUUUCCGACGUUGAGCUGGAAUCUUUAUAGUGAAAACUGUCCCCCUAAUGGGGAGCUAGAAUCUUUCCAAGAUGUUCGGCUUUAGCUAUUUCACCACUUAGAGACCGAUCUUCUUAAUUUCAUCAGCAAUAAGGUUGUUGAUCUUUGUCUGAUUCUUGAGAUUGAGUGUAAAAGUUUGCGGAAAAUUUUGAAAAAAUUUUGAACUCUCAAAAAAGAGAGACUCGCGCUCUUACCCAGAGAGAGAAACUCUCACUUUUAGGAGGGAUCUAGACCAGGGGCCUGCUUCAAUACUUUAUUGUAGUAAUUGUUUCAACGGUCUGAUUGGAUCUUUCUGCCCUAUCUAGAGAGGUUUUUGAAAUUAUCCCUUUCCUUAACUCACUUCCAACUUCCAAGUGCUAGAGAGCAUAAACGAGAAUCUAUUCUCUUCCCCUUAUUACUUCAUCGACUGCAACUGCAGCUGAUAGCAAUGGAUGAGCAAGUAGAAAUUCCAAUAGUGAGGCUGGGCAGCCAAGGACUUGAGGUUUCAAAAUUAGGUUUUGGAUGCAUGGGGCUUUCUGGAAUUCUCAAUGAUCCAGUCCCUGAAGAAGACGGAAUUGCACUUCUUAAGGAAGCCUUCAAUAAGGGAGUUACAUUUUUUGAUACCUCAGAUUGUUAUGGGAUUGACAAUGCUAAUGAAUACUUGAUCGGAAAGGCAUUGAAGCAGUUACCCCGAGAAAAGAUUCAAUUAGCAACGAAGUUCGGUAUAGUCGAUUAUAGUCACGAUCGUGUUAUAGUCAAAGGUACUCCGGAAUAUGCCCACUCAUGCUGUGAAGGUAGCCUCAAACGCCUAGAUGUGGACUACAUUGAUCUUUAUUUCAUCCAUCGAAUUGACACAACAGUGCCUAUUGAAGAAACAAUGGGUGAACUGAAGAAACUAGUUGAAGAAGGAAAAAUAAAGUACAUUGGACUAUCUGAAGCUAGCCCAGACACAAUAAGAAGGGCUCAUGCAGUUCAUCCAGUAACUGCUUUACAGAUUGAGUAUUCUCUAUGGACACGCGAUAUUGAGGAAGAGAUAAUUCCUCUAUGCAGGGAGCUCAGAAUUGGGAUUGUUCCCUACAGUCCUAUUGGUCGUGGCUUUUUGGCUGGCAAAGCAGUUGUUGAGAGCUUGCCUCAAAGUAGUUUCUUGGGAGGACUUCCUAGGUUUAUGGGGGAAAACCUCGAAAAGAACAAGAACAUUUAUUUCCGUUUACAAGCAUUAGCACAGAAACACAAAUGUACUCCUGCUCAACUUGCUCUUGCUUGGGUUCUUCAUCAGGGUGAUGAUAUGGUACCAAUUCCUGAACUGAUGUUCCAACAGAAGUAAUACAAACACAGAUUCCAGUAAUUCAGCAUAGAAGAAGCUUGAGUAUGACAUUGUUUUCUUCUAAGAAAAUUCCACUGAUUUCACAGGAAGUAAGUGAAAUAGUCUGUGUGAUCAGUUCUACUUGCCUUUGAAAUUGCAGAUAGCAUUUUAUUGCUUUCUGUGAUAUCAAUCAUCUAGCCCUUAUGAUUAUUUGGCUUUCAUGCAUGUCUGGUUGCUUCAGUUCCUUUUAUGUGUUCUUUUUUCCUUCCUCUCCUUGUUGUAAUCACAGUUAAGCAUGUUCAUGGGUUCGUGAAAGUGCCUCUUUUUAUAAUAAAAGUAAAUUGAGUUCCAGACUUUCACAAGCCAAAGUUGAACCAUGUUGAACGAAUCCGCUGAGCAAUUAUAGCUAUCAAUCCUAGAGGUAUAGUGUAAAUAUGCUUCUAUCCUUUCUCCUGAAGUUAGUAAAUAUACCUUGAAUGGCACUUGUUGGAAGUGCUUUUUGAUAAAUUCAUUGACAAAGGGAAUCAAUUCUCACAUUAUUCAUGUGUUUCAACCUUCCAAAGUUCUACAUUUAACUGGACGAUUCCAAUUUGAUUCGAGUAGAAUGUGAGAUCAACUAACUGUUCUCCUAGGCCAUGUUUUUCUGUUGUUGAAAGUAAGAUGAGCUGCCCAUAGUUCCCUGGACUUGGAGUUUGGUUACCUUAUAUUGUAAAUAAACAUCAGUAUCUUUUUAUCCCUUCUGGAACAAUAAAUGCUAUCCUAUACAUAAGACCUUAAAAUUAGUUUACAUGGCCAAAGUGACAAAUAUAUAAGCUGGUAAACCAUCAGAGUUCAGCUGGAGCCUGCAAACACCUUAUCGUAAUGCAAGUGCAGAUUCUUAUUUGAGCUAUUUUAGUUUAUAAUUUGUGCCACUCUGUUGCUUUUAUAACAAA